CGGGGGGACCCCAGUCACGGGCAGCCGCCGGGCAGCCCCCUCGCCCUACCAUGGCGACUGACAUCACUCCUGAAGCGAUUGGCUUCUUGUCUGCUGUUGGGGUCUUUGUUGUUCUUCUGGCUGUCCUCUUUCUCUUCAUCAACAAGAAACUGAGUGUGGAAACCAUAGGAGGCCUUCCAUGUCUGGAGCUACGAGGGAAAAGAAAGUACUCUAAAGACAAGACUGGAAGCCACGUGGGGCUGGUUGACAGCUUCGGGGAUGGUGAAGAAGCAUCAACAUCUUCUGAGAGUGAUGAGGACGUGAUCAAACAAUUUGAGAUUUCGGUGUCACGAUCCCAGAGUUUCCGUGCAGCAUCUGAGAAGGGAAAGACAACAGAAUUGAACCAGAAACUCAAAUGCAGCCGUUUGCUCUCGAGCCAUGAAGAAGACAGCACAGAAGCAGACUUGGAUGGUGCCAACCAACUGAGUUAUUCUGAGAUAAUAUCUUAUGAAGAUCACCCCAUCUCUACUCCCUCACAGUCCCCACGCAAGAGCGGGGAGAUUAGAGUCCAUGGAUCCUCUCACCAAGAUACCAGUGUGGCUCGAAGCCUCCAUCGACAGUCUACCGAUGGCAGCAUGGAGGUGGAAACCACCUUUACCAACCGGGGCUUCGAGGAUUCCUACGCCACAGACAGCUCCUCUGUGUGGAGUCCAGAGGAGCAGGAUGGGUCCAGUCUGCAGGUGCCAUCCAGGAUCUUGGAGCCCAUCUCGAAGUGCGGUGACCUCGAUGUCAUCUUUGAAUAUAGAGCUGUGACCCAGAAGCUCACAGUAACCAUUGUGAGAGCACAGGGCCUCCCAGAUAAGGACCGAAGUGGUGCCAACUCCUGGCAAGUUCAUGUUGUGUUGCUGCCGAGUAAGAAACAGAGGGGCAGGACGAGCAUACAGAGAGGACCCAACCCUGUCUUCAAGGAGAAGAUCACCUUUGCCAAGCUGGAGCCCAGAGAUGUGGCUGCCUGUGCUGUCCGCUUCCGCCUCUAUGCUGCUCGGAAGAUGACCCGAGAGAGAAUGAUGGGAGAGAAGCUGUUCUAUCUCAGCCACUUGCACCAAGAAGGAGAAAUGAAAGUGACUUUGGUUCUGGAGCCAAGAAGUAAUCUAAGUAGUGGAGAGUCUUCGCUCAGCCCAUCUGCGGUUUCUCACAGUGAUAGUGCUUCAUCCACGCAGUCCCUGUCUCAUGGAGGGGCGCCAGAGCUCUUGGUGGGGCUGUCUUACAAUGCCACAACGGGCCGAUUAUCUGUGGAAAUGAUCAAAGGCAGCCAUUUCCGAAACCUCGCUGUCAACCGAGCUCCUGAUACAUAUGGAAAACUCUUUCUUCUUAACUCUGUGGGCCAAGAGAUGUCCCGCUGCAAGACGUCCAUUCGACGUGGUCAGCCCAAUCCCGUGUACAAGGAGACCUUUGUUUUCCAGGUGGCCCUCUUCCAGCUUUCUGAUGUCACCUUGAUGAUUUCCAUUUAUAACAGGCGUGCGAUGAAGCGGAAAGAGAUGAUUGGCUGGGUUGCUCUGGGCCAGAACAGCAGUGGAGAAGAGGAGCAGGAUCACUGGGAGGAAAUGAAGGAAAUCAAAGGCCAGCAGAUCUGCAGAUGGCAUACUUUGCUGGAAUCCUAGGUGUGCCAACCAGCAUUUGUGUGCUGUGUCUAUCUGAAUCCCGGGCAUGGCUGGCUGCUGACUAUGUCUUAUAUCAUGGCAGGCUUCUUGGGCUUUCCAAUAAAAACCCUAGGACAUUCUGAGUGGGAGCUUUGGGUUUCUCAAGGACUUAAUUUGGUUUUACACAUUACAAUAAAAAAAGAGACACACAGCUGAGUGUACAAUAUGGGAAAUAUUACUUUAAAUUGAGACUACUGACAAUGAGAUAAUUUGUGCUAAUAGAUUAUUGAGUUUUGGUUCACACUGUGGGAUAAAGCUUUCCCUGCUGUCUCUGUUUGCUUGGAGAGUAACCUGUGAUUGCAAGGGAGCUGUUAAAUGUUACGAUUUGCAAUCACUUAGGUGUAUGAGUCAGAGAUGUCUGAGUACAAAAAAUACAGAAUAGGAUCAGAUGCUGAGUCUUGUGGAAAGAUGUAAAUAUAAUCUAUAGUCCUUUACUUCACAUUUUUCUCUUUAUUCAAUUCCGUUUACCUAAAAGUCAAUAUUGCUGUG